AACAUUGAGAGAGAACCGGGCGCCUGGUGACGGGAGCGCGCCGCGAGGUGAUGAAGGCGGACGCCGCCGCAGCGAUUCCCGGCUGUUGUUUCCGUCUCAAGCGCUUCCCGCGACGACUCGCAGCCAGCCGACUCGCGCCGGAGCCAUGAAGGGGAGAGCCGGAAGUGAAGUCACUUGACGGAGCGUCCGUGUUGUUAUUGUUAUCUCGGUAGCAGCCCCCCCCCCCCGGCCCCCUCCAUCGCCCUCCCCGUGAUGAGACGGGCUCGGGGAGCCUUUGGUCUCCCGAGACAACGCGACCGUUGACGGUUACCGCAGGGCCGCCGCUGACCGCCACCACCCCGCCCUCACUGACCCGGAGGGACGGGAGCCUCGCUUGACGACUGGUGGGGAGUGGGGGGGGGGCAGGGAGGAGGAGGGUGUGAGGACCCAGCUCCGGGACUCGGCUGCUACACUCCCGGCCGAGACAAAAUAACAAUAAAAAAAACCCAAUAACGGCGUUCGUUUAACGGGCUCGACGGGGGUCCGUGCGGCGUGUGGAGCAGCGACGCGCCGCCGCAGACAUGAACGGUAUCACCAAGGGCCGGUUCGAGGUGUUCUCAAACAGCGAUGAAGCGCCAAUUAACAAGAAGCUCCCCAAAGAGCUUCUACUUAGAAUAUUCUCCUAUCUAGACGUGGUUACACUCUGUAGGUGUGCCCAAGUUUCCAAGCCGUGGAAUGUCCUGGCGCUGGACGGCAGUAACUGGCAGAAGAUUGACUUAUUCAACUUCCAGACAGACAUAGAGGGUCGCGUGGUGGAGAACAUCUCGAAGCGUUGCGGAGGCUUCCUGAGGCAGUUGAGCCUCAGAGGCUGCCUGAGCGUGGGUGAUGCCUCCAUGAAGACGUUUGCCCAGAACUGCCGAAACAUCGAAAUGUUGAACCUGAACGGCUGCACCAAGAUCACAGACAGCACCUGUCUCAGCCUCAGCAAGUUCUGCUACAAACUCAAGCAGCUCGAUCUCACUUCCUGCGUGUCCAUCAGCAACCACUCCCUCAAGGCUCUCAGCGAUGGCUGCAGAAUGCUGGAGAUGUUGAACUUGUCCUGGUGCGACCAGAUCACACGUGACGGCAUUGAGGCUCUGGCUCGAGGUUGCAAUGGUUUACGGGCUCUCUUCCUCAGAGGCUGCACUCAGCUGGAAGAUGGAGCACUGAAACACCUUCAGAAACACUGCCCAGAACUCACCACCAUCAAUAUGCAGUCUUGCACGCAGAUAACUGACGAAGGCCUGGUCAGUCUGUGCCGAGGAUGCCACAAGCUACAGAUCCUUUGUGUGUCUGGGUGCAGUAACAUCUCUGACGCCUCCCUCACUGCGAUGGGACUCAACUGUCCCAGACUUAAGAUCCUUGAAGCUGCACGUUGCUCCCAUGUUACAGAUGCCGGGUUCAUUGUGCUGGCCAGGAAUUGUCAUGAGCUCGAAAAAAUGGACUUAGAAGAAUGUAUAUUGGUGACAGAUAACACCCUGGUUCAGCUGGCCAUCCACUGUCCCCGCCUGCAAGCACUGUCUCUGUCCCACUGCGAGCUGAUCACAGAUGAUGGCAUCAGAGCUCUGAGCAGCAGUACCUGUGGCCAAGAGCGCCUCACCGUGGUGGAGCUGGACAACUGCCCCCUCAUCACUGACGUGACCCUGGAGCACCUGAAGAACUGCCAUCAUCUGGAGCGCAUCGAGCUCUACGACUGCCAGCAAGUCACCAGGGCCGGCAUCAAACGCAUCCGGGCCCACCUCCCAGAGAUCAAAGUCCACGCCUACUUUGCCCCAGUGACACCCCCUCCCUCUGUACAUGGAGGUGGCCAGCGUCUGUGCCGCUGCUGCAUCAUCCUCUGACAGUGGAGGGCCAGGGGUGGGCACCUCUGUCUACAGGUCCUGCUGCUCUGAUAUGGGCUGAUGGGAUUGGAGGAGGGAGGGGGAGGGACUGGGGUAGGUGUAGGGGUGAGGAGGGGCUGGACCCACUCACUGCUCCUGAUCACUGAUCAAUACAUAGACUGAUCACCCCUGAUCAGUUGAACGCGCUCUUCC